ACAAGAAAGGCAUGAUGGUCCGCAUCCAAAGGACGCAGCCAGUUUUGAUGGGAACAAUCAAGUCAUUCUUGCUGUAUGGGGAAUACGACGGCAAUGUCUUCUCAACCGGCGGUGAUAUUGAAAUCAUACAGGAGCCACGAUCACUGUACGAUGACGUGAGAAUUGUCCCAUUAUCCAAGCUGGAUCGAACCACAUCAGAACAGACAAUCAGAAAAUACAUCGAAGAUGAAGAAGCCAAGUUACCCGACAAACUGAUUCUUACCUGGCCGAGUGGAAUGGCUCUCACCAACGAGAAACGACCAGCAGGAAAAGCUAUCGGUGAUCUGAAGCUGGAGAUUGCCAAUAAGAGAGGAGAGUUGAUCAGCAAGUUACCAGGAACUGCAGCAGCCUCAAAGAAACUUCUCAUAGAAUACAAACUGCUCUGGCAUUCAACGAGUGGCGACGAAGUGAUCGUGUCGCACAUCUGUCAACAUGGGAAGACGUGGCCAUACUGGUUCAGGAAGAUGGAGAAUAUUAAGAAUCUUGGUCCACAUACCUUACAGUUACAAACAAUUCUCAAUGAAAGUGGCCAGACAACGUAUGCAGGGCGGGAACUGCCUUCUCAUCGAAUCAGAUUCACUGUUACAGAGGCUGAACCCGAGAGGUUUGUGGUUGGUUUACUUGAUGGACCAUUUCGAGUGGGAAUGCCGUUCCAGAUUCCCCUGGAAUUUCAAGACAAGUUCAACCACCCUGCCAAGCCGUCAUCCAAGUUGAAACCAGUGCUGGAAGCUAGUGGUUUGGAUAUUUCAUAUGACAGCACUUCAAUCAAGGGCAACACUUUGAUCAUUAAAGGUGUCGUAGCGAAAGGUCAAGUUCCUUCCAAUUCAGGAAAGAAUUUCAGUUUUGCUGUGCGGAUCCCGGAGCUGGAGGAAAGUACACAGACCAUGAAGAUCAGACUGCUGCCAGGUCCUCCGCAUUCCCUGUUGGUGAGCCCGGAGGAAGAGAUAGAAAUUGAGAAUGGGAAUCCGGUCAGUUUCAAUGUCAAGGUCACUGAUGUGAUGGGAAACCUGACGGCGGACGGCAAACAAACAGUAGUGUGUCGGUUUACUGGAGCCUCUGGUUUGCCGACGUAUUCCCUGGACUGCAGUAACAGUGGGAGUGGCACGCUGACUGGGGGCAGUCUGUCUAUAAAGAGAAUCAAAGACUGCCAGACCAUCACGGCGAAGAUUGACAUGCAGGGUCACAAGGACGUAGCGACAGUUGACAGGACAAUAAAAGUGUCCCCCAGCGGCCGGGUGGCUCAUAUUGAUGUACACUACACCGCUGAAGAUGGGGAUAAAGUAACAACAAAGAAGAUCACAAAUUCCGGUGAAGUGACCGGUAUAGCUGGUCAGAGCAUAACGGGAUUGUCUUUUAAAUUAUCAGAUGAAGGUGGUCGAGAAAUUCCUCUUACUGAUAAAAUCACUUCAAAGAUAAAGGUGAACUGGGUGCCAAAAGUAUCCAAGGAAACGUAUCUGGAUGGGAAGUUACCGGACAUUAAGAUCCCAAACUCUGUCAGCGAUUCCAAGUACUGCCACAUUAACGUUUUAGACGGACCAGGAUUCGAAUUCACGUUUUCAGUCAAGGGCUGCGCAGGGCCACCACAGCAGCUCAAAUGCGUGUGUGAGGGAAGUAACUCUGUACAGAUGGGUCAACCCUUCUCGGGAGAAAUCAUUGUCAAAAUACGAGACAAAAAUGGAAACGAGAUAACAGACUUGCCCCCGUCAACCAGCCGAGAGAUAACUGUGACAGGGAAGUGUUUAAAAACGGAUGCUGCUAUGAUAUCAAAACAACAGAAGCACUUCGUUAUACGAGGGAUCCAGUUUGUCAACUCUUCCCUGGGUCAUCAAGAGAUUAGAGUGUCCUGGAACAACCUGGAGGAUUUUGUUCGGUUCGACGUUCUUGCGGGUCCACCCUGUAGAGUGGACUUAGUCGACUGGAAUUUGAAUCAGCCUGUGACAGUCUUCAACGACAGCAGACUGCCAUACCCUCUCAAGAUUCAGCUGCUAGACGAGGCGGGGAAUCCUUCAAAAACAGCCGACAUCAAAGUACAGAUCGCCAAGGAUCCCAAGCUGAAGUUGGUGCCUUUUCCUCAACCACUGAAAACAAAUGCUGAAGGUAUUGCUGACUUUGGAGUUAUAUCUGUGUGUGGACCUAGUGGUCUAUACGAUAUUCAGCCUAAAGCGUUUGUCAACAAGACGAUUGUAUCAGGUCCUAAGAUCAAGGUGAAUGUGCAGCCCGACCCAAACAACCCUCAAGAGCUGAUUGUCGACUACAGCAAGAAUGCAUCCUUCAUCGCAGGAGAAAAACUCACAGAGUUUACUGUGAAGAUAAUUUCUGAAGACGGGAAUGUCAUGACUACGGCCAAUUCCUCACAUCUUUCUCUAAAACUGUGGAAGACGGACUUAGGCACCAAGGACAGUGUACCACCGUCAAAGGCUGUCACACUGAAACCCGACACUCCAAAUAAAGUUGAGAAGGGAAUCUUUCAUUUUAGAGGUCAUAAAUUACCCGAGUUAGCUGGAGCGUACAACUUAAUAUUUGUCUACUUUGAUAGGAAACACGAGCUGUAUAGCACCCUGAUCACCAUAACUGUACAUCCUGGUCCCCCCGUUGAGAUCUCCCCCGACCAGUCCCCGGGCACCCCCACCGUCUCGAACACUCGGAACGCUGCAUCGCGCUGUCUGAUCCGGUAUCUGAAGGUCUUGUUGCGAGACCAGUACAAGAACCUGGUGAGCGAGGGAUACAGCGGGGAGGUGGAGCUCAAGAUUGUCGGCCCCACCGGUAUCACGGAGAUUCCAGUCUUUGUCGGGGGGUCGAGAUCUCUCACCAUUCCACUGACAAACGGAGAGGCACUUCUACAGAACUUGAUGCUUCAGGAGAACACUCACGGUAAAGAUGGCCUAGAGUACACACUGAGAUGUCAGGUCACGUGCUCCGUCAUUCCGAAAAACCGCGCAGUCGCUCCUCUCAAUAUCCCAUUCCUCUUUUAUAACGAUGCUAAAAAACAGUCCCAGAUGUCAGCUCUGUCGAAAGAGCGUGACAACAUCCAGAGUGCAAUACGGGUUUACAGAUCCAUGUUCGAGACACAAGAACAGUUAAUUAAUGAACUAAGGAUGGCAAUGGUGGACGCCGGGAAAGCAGAACAGAAAAUCCGAGCAGAACUGAGAAAACAGAAUAUUCCCGGAUCACAACUUCAGCAGGUUGAGACAGUUGAGAAGUUAAUCCAGGCACGAAUGAAAGAAAGAGAACAGUUACUAAAAGUUCCACGGAGAUGUUGUGGGCUGCAGUCCAUGCCGAAAGGGCCAGAGGUGUUAGGGAAGAUUGCCCAUCUUGCUAUGGUUGAAGAUAACGACAUUGCUAGAGUCUUGUCCUGGCACAUGUCAGCUGAUAUGGACUGUGUCAUCACCUUGACAACCAAACGGGCAAAAGAAAUCUACCACCAGACAAAUGGAAAACAGCAAGUUUUACCUCUCGACUCGAUUUACCGAAAAAAUCUUCCAGACUGGUCCAAACCUCUUCCACACGUUCGAUUCCGCUCCAACUGGAGACCUGCAGGGAACCCAGUUUAUGCCAGAAAUCUGCUCAUUUUCCCUCAGGAUCAAAGUAAUUGUAAAAUAGUUUUUGGUAUGUUGCUUGGUGAUACGUUAAUCUUAGAUUCUCUGGAUUAUGCCAAUAUCUACAGACAAGAGAUUGUGAAACACACACACUGCCCGACGAUCCUGACUCGAGAUGGAGAGCGGAUCCGAAGUAACGGAAAAUUUGGUGGAGCAAUGAAUCGAGCUCUGCCCAUUGAGAAACUACGAGGAGCUGUGUUUGGUGAGCCACUGCCAAUGGCUUACCACGCCCUGUGUACACAGAUAGACACCUUACAGAACUACAAGGCAGCACUGGUACAGCACCAGAAAGCUGAAGACGACCUUCAGGAGCAGCUGACCGUGAGGAAGGAACCGGAGAUGGCUGCCAAAUACAAAGAGUGUGACGAGGCCGAGAAACAACUCAAAGAAGUGGAACACAAACUGGGUGUUGGUUUGCAGUCUUGUGGUUCUCUCCCCAGUGUCAUCCACUCUCAGUCUCUGAGUCCACCACCUCUCACUAAACGACCUCGGGUAUCAGGGGGCAGAACUCCACCCGCAGCGCCACCACCUCCAGUUGCUGAUCCUGACGACACUCCGACACGCGCCAGUAAACGCAUCGCUUCCAUGACAACAGUCAUUACGGACGAUGGGAGGAAGAAACUGAGGAAAACAUGAACACAGAGUUUGGUAGAUGGUGAAAAUUGUAUACAGGACGAUUCACUUAGCUUUGAUUGGUGGAUUGUUUGUGUAAGAGAAAUUAUCAUUGGUGGAUUAAAUGUGUAAGAGGAUUUAUGAUUGGUCGAUUUAUGUAGCAUGUGGAUUUUGCUGAAUACAUAAUGAAAGCAGAGACUAGGAACCAACAAUGUGUCAUGGAUGGCACAUAUGCAUAUGUGACAAAAAUAAAGUUCACACAUGUCGAAUGUUGUCUUAGAAAUAUUUAACCGACAGAAGUAAAAAAAAAAAAAAACUUGAAAUUCUUCUAAAUGUUUAUUUUUACUGAUGAGCAUAAGAAAAUGGAUUACUGGUGUACAUAUACAGGUAUUUUGAUUGGCGAAUGUUCAAGUAAAAUAUAUAGUAGAAAAUGGAAACGGUGAACAGUCUGCUGUAACGAGGUACAGUGUGUGGGGAGGGAUUGUGUGUGUGUUUAUGUGUGUGUUAAUAUGGAUGACCGUCGGUCGAAGCACAUGCAUUGUCAACACAGCAGAGACAUCUAUCACAUGACUAAUAUAGUCUGCUCUCAUUAUUAUGUUAGGUUGUACUUGUAAGUAACAAAUCACAAUAAUCUGGGCUAGCUCUGCGUAAGCAAAACCAUUUGUCAAAUUAUCUUUAAAUAUGCAAAAUCUACCGUUAUUUUUCAACAAAAUAUCAAUUAGUACAUGAAAUUUUAUUGCCAAAUCAAAAUAAAAUUUGCCAAUUGUUCCUGAAAUUCGCAAUUGACGAAUUUGGCGAGUGGUAGAGCUAGCCCUGAUAAUUUUAUUGCCAGAGACGAGAUACAGAUAAUAUUUUAAAGCAAAGAUUUGACAAUAAAUUGUUAAUGUAUAAAAAAAAGCUGAUUAUUAACUAACAGUUAUGGCUGUAGCACUGGGCCCCGUUCCACGAAGUGAUCUUAGCCCUAAGAUAACCUUAAGUGCAUAGCUACCUUAUACACUAAGGUAAUCUUAGUGCUAAGAUCGCUUCGUGGAACGGGGCCCUGGUCAUCCAA